GUGCGCGAGGCGUGCGUGCUGGCCCUGUCGGCAGAGCUCGGGUAUUGUGAGCGUGUAAGAAGAAGCGAAAGAGAAUUUUGAUAGUUCUAUCUAUAAUUAUGCCCAUAUGACUCUUGUUGUCCAGGAUAUAUAACUCUUGUCCAUCUCCCCCCUUGUGGGUUUUUACUUUUGAACUCAUCGACAGGAACCCACUGGCAAACAAACAAGCUUUCCCUUUAAGCAUCAAACACUCUCAUUCUUAUACACUUCAAACGAAGAAGCAAGAAACACGACUAAGAGGUUUACUCGACGAACCUCACAAACUCUCACUCAACUACUCGACAUCUCAAAGUCACAACCACAACCACAACCAACAAUCAUCAUGCCUUCUCAAGGUCAAAGCUGGUGGGCUCGCCACUGCACUCCUCGCCCUCCCAUCAACCCCGUCGUCGUGUGCACCUGCCACUACUGCUACAACAAGCCCGCCGAAGAGCUCGACUAUCCCAAAUCGUCCGACAGCUCUGCCGCCGCUACGCCUGCCCCGUCUCGACCAGUCAGCCCCCGGGGCUCGACUUCGUCUGUCCACGGCAAGCAGUAAAAACACACACAUACAAGAUUCUUUUUCGAACGCCCGAUAGAUCUGGAUUUCGUCUACAUGGAUCAUAGAAGAUACAUCUGAAAAGCGUUUUGUUUUGUUUUCCAUCACUCAACCAGCCGAAUGCAAAACACCAACACACACACACACACACAAAUAAUGGAAAAAAAAAACCGGCACAUCUCGCCGAUCAAUCGGGGUCGGCGCCCGGCCCCACUUUUGGGUGCUCCAGACCCAGGCAAAAACUGCAAAAUCACACGCCACACAUGGGAGGAAAGAAAAAUAGGGGACAAGAUUUGGAUGGAACAGUAAUUAAUGGGCAGUACACGGAUAAUACCUAUUGGAUGCGAUUUGGUUAGCGAUGGAAUUUAGGAAUACCCCCUUUUUGAGAAUUUAAUAGCAUCUCCUAUAGAUACACUUUUUUAUACAAUUACUCUUUGAGCAUUC